CUAUUCUUGGUCAAUCGUCUACCCUUUUGAAUUUUGUUUGUGUUUGUGAGUUGUUACACUGUUUCGCGCUAGGGUUUGGCGCUUGGGUUCUGCUGCCACUGUUGCUAACUUGCUAUCCUGAAUCGAUCAAAUUUUGUGUUUAUGAAAGGAAAGAAUGAAUGAAAAUGGAGAAAGAAGGUUCGGUGUGUGAAGUGGAAGAUCCUCUUACCAACUAUUGGGGUCUCUGAGUCUCUCCCUCUUUCCGCAAACAACGUCAUCUUCUACUGUCACUGCUUCUUCCCCUUCGAAGCCCUACGAUCCUAAUCACGUUCUUGACUCCAUCCACAACCACCUCCGAUCCAUGGAAAUGCAAAAUCCUGCUAAACCUGAGGGCAAGUUGGCUGUGAUAUCUGAAGUUCCUGGACUGUUUGACUCUGAAAUCUUGAGUGAUAUAGCAUUUGAUGAGGAGAAUGACGUUGCUGCUGCUUCUGGAGAGGCUGUAGAGUUUCCUCGAAAACGGAGACCUGCUUUAGGCCUGAAGCGAGCUCGUUUUUCUUUAAAGCCAACUAAAACUCAAUCUGUUGAGAGUUUGAUUCCAACUCUGGACCUUGAUAAACUGAAAGAUCCAGUGGAAUUCUUCUUGGCCCAUGAUCGGCUAGAAAAAGCGAAAAGAGAGAUACAGAAGCAGACAGGUGAGUUUCUUGAGUCAAAUCUGUCUGAUACUACCACUAAGAUGCGACAACGUCGACCAGGACUUUCAGGGAAUAAUGAGCGGCGGGUCAGAUACAAGCAUCGUUAUCCUAAAGAAACUUUUGACAAUAAUGAUUAUGUUCUACCCUCUCAAAAGGCAAGUGAAUCUGUCGAUCUUGGCCCUGUUGGUGAGAGCACAGAUGAAGGUGGAGCUUGUCUUACACCACUGGAAAAUGAAGUAACUGAUUCACCUGUUAUUGAAGAGAACAAGAUCAAUGAAAUACUGGAUGGAUUGCUUCAAUGCAAUUCUGAAGAUCUAGAAGGGGAUGAAGCAGUGACUCUUUUGCAGGAGAGGUUACAUAUCAAACCAAUUGUUCUGGAGAAAUUAUCUAUUCCUGACUUCCCAAAUAAUGACCAAGUUAUUGGUAUGAAAUCUUUGCAUGGGAACUCGUCAAAUCCAAGGAAGUGGAAACCUUUAUCCAUCCUUGAUAAUUUGUUGAAAGGAUUUAAUAGUAGAACACCUAUUAGACAGGGCAUAGGAUGCCAAUUGCAGCAAUCAGCUUCACCCACCCCACCAAGAAGUCCAUUUGCUCCACUAUCUUCCUUGCUGCUUCACCUUUCACACCCAAAGCCAUCGGUGGAUCCAUUUGCAGCUGAUGGAAUUGAUCAUUUAUCCACAAGAAAGAAUUCCCCAAUUCCUCUGAUAAACCAGGAGCACAAACUUGCUGCUUCUGGGAAUCCAUCAAAUGAACCCUCUGCAAACGUAAUUGAUGAUGGUAUUGCCAUUAAUAAGACAAGUUCACCAGGUGAUACUGUCAGGAAUGGCUCCUAUUCUUCUGGAAAAUCCAAGGAAGAUUCAAUUGGAAGUAGUGAGACACAUUCAGUGGAAGACACAGUCAGAGAUUGUGCUUGUACACCCCAAAAGUCUGUGGAGGAUAAUCCAGGGCAACCUGAGUCUGAUGCUAAUAUUGAGUCAAAUGGACCUCGUGUUGACAUGGACGUGAAUACUGGAGCCAGUGGGAUGGAAGGUAUCAUUAGAGAUUGUGCUUGUACACCCCAAAAGUCCGUGGAGGAUAAUCAAAGGCUUCCUGAGUUUGAUGUUACUAUUGAGUCAAAUGGUCCUCAUAUUGACAUGGAUGUGGAUAUUGGAGACAGUGGUAUGAAUGACAUAGUAGGGAGGCCAAAUAUUGUAACAAAUAGGGUUGAGAAUGAAGCAGAAAAUUUGCAGGCACAUGCGGCUGUUGGGCCAUCAGAUGAUUCUAAUAUUAACAUGCCAAAUCAACCAGCAGAUCAGUCAGACCCUGCUGGGUUUCUAGCAAAUGAUCAUGAUAAAAAUUCCAGAAGAUCAGAUGAUGGUCCAGAACAGUGUUUACAGGAAAAGACAGAUGGUAAUUCUAUUUUGCCUGAUUAUGGACAAAGGAGAGUUAGGCGAUCGAAAAGACAACAUAAAGAUAAAAGUCUUUCUCGGAGGCAGAGCCUUGCAGCUGCCGGUACAUCAUGGGAGGCUGGACUAAGGAGGAGCACCAGGAUCAGGACAAGGCCUUUGGAAUUUUGGAGAGGGGAAAGAAUGGUGUAUGGUCGUGUACAUGAUAGUGAGUACAAUACUAAUACUUAUCACGGGAACACACUAGGUUUGGCCACUGUCAUUGGUAUUAAGUGCAUUUCACCGGGAACUGAUGGGAAACCCACUAUGAAGGUGAAAUCUUAUGUAUCCGAUGAAUACAAAGAGCUUUUGGAGCUGGCAUCUCUAUGUUGAAAGUAUAUGAGUUUAACCCAUUUUAUGUUCUUGAACUUCCUAAUUUUUCUGUGCUUUUGGAACAAAGUGGAGCAUGUAUACUAUCUAAUUUACCCUGCUUUUGAAAGAAAGACUUCCCCUUCUCAGGUUCCCC